AUGAUGUUAGGUAGUAAUAACUCAUCAACAUAUCUAUUAGGAGCGAAUUCUCGAAUUCUAUCCGAUGAAGGUUUCUCGGAUGAUAACGAUGAUAUAACACCAACCAGUGGAAAUCUAUCUCAUCAUAUGAAUAACACUAUAAAUUCAAAUAAUUCCAAUGAUGAUAACAUUCGUCGAUAUAGAACAGCUUUUUCACGUGAACAAUUGGCAAGACUUGAAAAGGAAUUUCUCCGAGAAAAUUAUGUUAGUCGACCAAGACGUUGUGAAUUAGCAGCAGAGCUGCAAUUACCUGAAUCAACAAUUAAAGUCUGGUUUCAAAAUCGACGAAUGAAAGAUAAAAGACAAAAAUUUGCAUUUGCUUGGCCAGGUUAUCCUGGUGACCCAUUCUCAUAUUUCUCUUACAUGUACGCUGUUGCUGCUUCGGGCUAUACUCCUCCUUCUCUCCCUGCGAAUCAAUCAGGUGUAAAUCCAAUCAUUCCUCCGAUCAAUCCUUCAGCAACAACAACUGCUCGAUUAGCUCCGACAAAAAGUCGAUCAGUUUCUACUACUAAAUUGCUUAAUGGAUCAACAGAUACGGCAACAUCCUACUCAUCGGCUUCAUCUCCUACCUCAUCCAGUUCAUCGCCAAAACAAACUCCUGUACAUCAUUCACCGAUUAAGCCAACGAUUAAUUUUGCUUUGCCAGCCAUGGGUUUAGCAUCAUUUCUACCGAAUGCAGUGAAUGAGUCAUCAUCAACGGCCAAUCCUUAA